AUGCACGAGAGAAAUAAGUGGAUGAAGAGGGCCUACCCAGAGCUGCGUUCGUUCUGUCGGAUGAAGGGCUAUGAUUUCCAGGUGGUAGACAUGAGAUGGGGUGUCAGAGACGAGGCGUCUGAUGACCACACUACUGAAGAUCUGUGUAUGAAUGAACUAAGGCUGUGUCAGAAACUCUCAACAGGUCCUAACUUCAUCUCACUUCUAGCUAACAAGUAUGGAUACCGACCGCCUCCUCGAACAAUCAGUGUGGACCAUUUUAAUACACUUUUUGGGGUGGUGGAGAACGACCAUCACAAAACUCUCCUAAACAAGUGGUAUGUCCGCGACGACAAUGCUUUACCUCCGGAAUUUGUUCUCCAGCCCAGAAGUCGUAUUCUGCCAGACUACAGGAGCAAAGAAACGGAAUUACAUAAUGCAGCCAAAGCCCAGUCGAAUGAGGAGAUAGAUAUCAUAAAAUCCGCAUUAGACAAGGCAGCCCGAAUCAGCCUCCCUGAGGAUGAAGCUGAAGAAUAUUACGUUUCUAGUAUGUAUUUCCUUUAUUACGGUAUAGAUCCCACGAAUGAAAAUCACAAAACCUAUCUUAAAAAGAUGACAGAAGAGUUCAUUUCACAAACGGAAAGACUGAUUGAAGAAGGCAUCAAACAGAGGUCCGCUACAGAGAUUACCAACCCCCUGAUACUGGAGUGUUGUCAACACGUAAGCUUCUGUCAACAGAAAUGCGGGAAUUUUUGUGGACGAGAAACGACUCUGGCGAAUGUAGAAGCCUACAUACGAUCAACAAGCACGAAACCCUUGAUCAUUCAUGGAGCCUCAGGUUGUGGCAAAACGUCUCUGAUGGCAAUGGUAGCUCGUCUCAUUCCGUCUUGGAUGUCAAACACAAAUCCCGCUAUCGUACUUAGGUUUAUUGGCACGACACCUGACAGCUCAAAUAUCAAUGGAAUCCUUAUAAGCAUCAUCAAACAAAUACAGGCCAUCUAUAACCAGACAUCACAUAUGCCGGAGAGUCUCAAGGAAUUAUCCAAAGAAUCAGCGCUUUCACUGGAACUUGCUUCAGCAUCCCAACCUCUUGUCAUCAUUUUGGACGCCUUGGACCAAAUCGAUGUGUCCUUUAACGCUCGAAGUUUAUUCUGGUUACCUCGGACUCUAUCCAAACACGUCAAAGUAAUCGUGUCUACAAUUGAGGAUAAUGAGUGUUUUCCGAGACUUAAGGUUAUGUUCCAAGAAAAAGAACAGUUUGUGCCUGUGCCAGAGCUGACAUUCUCUGAAGCGGAGACUAUAAUACAGCAAUGGCUGCGAACCCGUAAAAGAACACUAAGUCCCCCACAGAUGGCCAAACUUAACGAGUGCGUUCGCCAAUGUCCUCUGCCACUAUUCCUGAAUCUGUCUUUCGAAAGUGCUUCCAAAUGGCACUCUUACUGGAACGACAAUGAGACUAUACUCCAGCAGACGGUCAAAGGCAGCAUUGAAUAUUUAUUUUCUAAAAUGGAAAGCAAACAUGGACAGAUGCUCGUGUCAAGGACAAUUGGUUACUUAACAGCUUCUAAAAGCGGAUUGUCAGAGUCGGAACUAGAAGACGUGUUGUCAUGUGAUGAUGACGUACUAAAUGACGUAUAUCAGUUCUGGGUACCUCCUGUCAGGCGGUUACCUCCCCUGCUGCUGGUCAGACUGAAGACGGACAUACAACAAUACAUUGUUGAGAGAGGGUCUGACGGCAUCAGUGUGUUGAAUUGGUAUCAUCGUCAGUUUAAGGAGGCAGCAAGUGAGAAAUACUGCACUCUACAAGUGGCUAAUCAGAUUCACAGAGGUCUCGCGGAUUUUUUCAAUGGUAAAUGGGCCGAAGAGAGAAAAAAACCAUACGUAGGUCAGAACAAAAGUGGCGAGGAAGAUCGUCAUGUUGCAAGUCAGCCUCUUAUCAAUGGUGAUUCUUACAACCUGCGAAGGCUGAAUAAUGCUCCUUAUCACAUGAUCAAGCAAGGCGAUGCCACUGAGCUCAAGACAAAGUGUCUCAUGAAUUAUGAAUUCCUACAGGCAAAAGUUGUAGCUACAUCUGUCAGACAUAUUCUUGACGACUUUGCUAUCGCCCGGAAAAUCUUCCAAAAUGAUCUUGAACUUGAUGUUUUGGGAGCGGCACUCGAAAUGUCCCAGGGCGCAUUACUGUACGAUCCACUUCAGCUGGCACCGCAACUAAUGGACCGACUAUGUGGGGACGAGCACACAGCCGAUCUUCUGCGCCAGUGUGAACAAUGCAGUGUGCCUUACCUCUCACCUGACCAGGAAGUCCUUACGAAGCCUGGUGGACAGCUAGUCUACUGCAUGACUGGGCACAGUGGUCCCGUCAAAUCAGUGGACAUCAGAGAUGACGGCAAACUAGCUGUAUCGUGUUCAGAUGACGAUGAAAACUCUGUAAAGACAUGGGACUUGGUUGAAGGGAAAUUACACAAGUCUUAUGAUGGCAUAGACGAGGAUCCAUCUCGAGUCCGGUUUGUUUGCAAUGAUCAGAUGAUCCUUGUAGAUUAUGAGAAUAGUUACAUUGUUUUACGCGAGUCCGGCGAGGUUGUCUUCUCCAUCAAUGAAGGCAUAGGCUGUCAGUCGGCUGUUGGAGGAAUAGGAAAAGCUUUACUUGCCCUCUUCUGUGAUGUGACUGUUCAUGUUUACAACUUGGAAAAUGGUGAAAGCGUUGCGAAAUUUGAAAACUCUGACUACUCUAAACAGUUCUGUGAAAAUAUGCCUUCAGCUAUCGCAGCAUCUGAAAACUACGUGGUCCUAACUGACGCUGACCAGCAUUACAUCACAGUCUUUCGGUUCUCAGACCACACUUUGAGUGAAUGGUUUGAGGUGUUCAACCCCGAUCGCAAAAGACAUCAUCAAACAGAUCUCACUAUUGAUGCGAUAGUAAUCACCCCAGAUGAAAAACAAUUCAUCCUCUCUAACAUUCGUGACAAUGACCUCCACAUUUAUGACUUGUUGACGCGAGAGAAGCUUCAAUCAAUAAAAGGGUUCCAAUCGGACUACGCUCGAAAUUAUAGGAUAGCAGAUUGCGGGAAUUUGCUUUACUUUCCUGGAGACACUAGCGGCGUUGUUGUGUGGAACCUCGCCAAGAAGCAGCGUUCGUGUAUCCUGACCAACUCGGGUGAUUUGUGUGGCGCAGUGUGUUGGUCGUGGAAAACCAUGGUAACUGUGGCUGAUGACGACUCCACGGUUUGUGUAUGGGAUUUGGAAAAAGACGAGAAAGAGAAGAAGAACCAAAGUCCGGUUUUGGGACACAAAGUAAGACACUUUCUUCCGCUAAACAACAAUGCUCGCUAUGUACUGGUACUAGCCCAGACAAACCGGACAGAUGAUGAUUGCUGUAGCCUACAGGUGUAUGAUGUCCAGACAAAAACAGUUGUCCGUCAUAUUCCGUUGGACGUUCCUUUCGGAGUGGUUAAGGUCCUAGACGAUAAACGUAUAGUUGUCGUCACUAGAACACGGAAAAUGAAGAUAAUCAACAUUGACAGCAUGACUAUAGACAAAGUCUUUGAAGGCGACCUUUCCGGCUACACUUUAGAUGUCCAUGUCAAACAUGAUGGGUCAGAGAUACUAACUCAUACACGAGGACGACAACAGUUUAAGAGAUACGACACCAGAACCGGAAAGACAAAAGCGAUCAUCCCAAGACCUAGUUUCGUUAAAAAAGACAACAACAACCGAUUUGAGAAGACGUUCUAUGUAACUUUUAACAUUUCUUUCUUCAAAAAAGCGAAAUAUCUCUUCCGAAACCUUUAG